AUGAACGACUUGGAGACUGACGCCUUUGACCUCUUGAAGAAAAGGAUUGACUAUGACCUCCGGUGCUUGAAGGUCUUCCGGGGCAAGAUGGAGAGCCACAGCAGUGCUCAGUACCACGCAGAGCUUACACACCGCAAGAAUGCCUUCGAUGCGUCUGUGAUUGCUGCAAAGAAGCUUCUUGCUUCCAAUGUCAAAGUGCUCUGUGGCAAUGCUUUGCAUUCCUUGCUCCAAGAUUACAAUGGCUAUGUGAACCAGUUCUGCAAAACAUUUGGUUUGCAGCAGGAUUCCAUGGUGGUGGUUUCAAUCCUCAACUGGUCAGCGAUUUGCCGUGUCAACAAUGAUCGUCAGCAAGCUCAGUCCAAACUCAUGGGCAUUGUGCUGAAUCAGGAUGCCGGCGUUCGACAACUGGAUGUUUGCAUUUUGCCCCAAUUCACAUACCACCGUGGCCAGUUGUUCCUUGCUGAACACAUGUGCUUGAAGAAUCUCAGCAGCGCUAGCUUGAAUGUGGACAAGACGAUGAUCCUUCCAUAUGCUUCCCGUCUUGACCAGAGAGAUUCCAGACCACUUGUUUACCACGGAAGAAUCGUGACAUCCCUGGGGCUCAAGGAGAAAGAGUGGGCUUUCAAGAAUGCAGCCCUGGUUCGCAACCAACGAACGGAGCCAGCAGACCAAGUAGCAGCUGCCAAUAUGUUGGUGGUUGAAGACAUUCAGCCAGAUGCUCUCCCAAGCUCAACAACUGCUGAGGGGCUGGUGCAAGGGGCAAGGAAAUUUGAGCAAAUUGGUGCUUCCGGCUACAGAAGAAUCUUGGAGGCAGCCUUGGAUGGUGUCACCAUUCCUUCGAAGGGUGGCAUCAUCGUUGUAGACAACAGCUUGAGCGUGGGGGAUUCCUUCGACGCCGUUGUGGAAACGGCCAUUGGUAUCCUUGAUCCGCCAAAGGCUCACGUGUCAUCCAGGUCCAUAGGAGGUUUGCAAAGGAGCGAUCAAGAGGUAUUGAGCGCUCAGUGGUCUUCAAGUUCACUCGGGGGAUGUUGCACGUAG